CCCGACUGUCUUCCAUGGAGCUGAGGGAGGGGGCAGCGGGCAGGGUGAAGGUCGCAGAGGUGGCUGCAGCAACGUGCAUGGAGGAGCCUCGCCAACCCUGCGGCAGUAUUCUGUCCACAAGGAUGUGUGAUGGGCAGAACCACAGCCUCCCAAAGAUAGCCAUGUCCUAAUCCUUGAAACCCAUGGAUACGUUGCCUUGGAAAGGCACUUUGGCAGAAUCUCUUUGGAGGUUUAAGUUCGGGAUUCUGCGACGGGGAGAGUAUCCUGUAUCACCCAGGGCCCUUUUAAAAACUGUCUUCUCCAUCAGCCAGCGAGGGCUUGACUUCUGUCUCCUGCCAGGACCCCACUGUUUCCUGAGAAGACCUUGGGUCAGACUGUGCAGAAGUGUGCUCAGGACCCCAGGGCAUGCGAAGGGAGGUUUGCUGUAAGAAGUGCUCAGGGUGCAGAAGAGCCGGGGAGGAAGGACUGGAAGAGGGAGGUGACAUCAGCAACUUGUGAAACCCCAGAGGCUUCUCCACAGAUCCGUGGACCCCACUCUGCCACCCCUGAUGCCUGCAUGAAGACCCAGGACCCCAGCCAAGGGACCCCUCAGGAGUACCUUCUGUCUGGCAUCCACUCCCCGCGGCUGCCCGGAGCCUGGCCCCUGGCACUGCUGGUCCAGCAGGGAUGAUACGGAUCUGGCCAGCUGGAAGAGCUGCUCAGGGCCCUGCCCGCCCUGCAGAGCAGCAGUGACCUUGUCCCACACUGCAGCCUGGAAUGCCUCAUCCUCCACACGGGUGUCCUCACGUCCCACCUAAGGGGGAGACCAGAGACGAGCUCAGAGCUGGAGGAUCUCAACCCACCGGUUCUUGUUUCAGGACCUAGAGCCUCAAGUCCCAGGGCUGCGCGUAGUAAAAUUGAGCAGGGCUGGAUGGCUUUGCACCUGGCAUGGGGACUCUCCCCGGGCUUCAGGGCAGCAGACCUACGAGUGACAGCCACAGCAAGCAAGCCUCGGACAGGUCAUUGCUUCACCCCUCUCUGCCUUCCUCACUGGGCUCUCAGGCCCUUCCCUUCCACCUGGCUCUUGACCCUUGAAAUUCGCUUGAGAUUAGCUCCAACGGCUGCCUUGUAGCCCUGUUGGCUAAUCUUCCUCUGGACUCUGCAGCCACUGGCCUUCUGUCCCACCCGCCUCCGGUCCCCUGACUCUUCCCCCACACCGGCCACUUGACAUAAGAUCUACAAAGGUAGACACCAUGUCUUUCUGGUCCUUGGCUGUGUCCCCAGGACCACAGUAAGUGCUCUGUAAACACAUGUUGAAGGAGGGAAUGAAUCAGCCACUCAUCCGGUCAUGCGCUCAGCUCCCUUCAACCCUGUCACCCUCUUGGUGAGGUUCAGACAGGUCAUGAAGUUGUCUCCGUAGAGAAACGGUGGCUGCCGCCCACCUUCACCACUGCGUGGGUCUGCUGUCUGUCCCCCUCGUGGUUGGAGACAGAGACGACCACUGUCAGCACAAAGUCAUUGUUUUCUUUUCCAAGUGGCAGGUAGACUGAUGGGAGGGCAGAUUCAGGACCACAGUACAGACAGGAACCUGGCAAGUGGACAGUAAACAAUUAGGGGGGCAUCCCCAGGCCCCAUGGAGACUGGAAACCCACCAACGUAGAGCCUGAUGACAAGGACACAGAAGCCCCUUAGGGGGCUUAGGAUACAAAGUCCCCCUCAGGGGCUUCCGUACUUUCAGGGAGAAGCCAGCCGUUUAUGCGGAUCCUCUGUCCUCUCUAGGUAGUCCCAUGCUGCUGUGACGUGGGGAUAAUUUUACAAAAAUCCGUGAAAAUUGUCAGAGGAAUAAUCCCCCAUUUACAAAAAGAAAAAGUCAAGGUGGUAAACCACACUAUGAAAAGAGAGGAGGAGGAGAUCUUCAGGAAUUCACAACACACCCAAACUCCCUCAGUGUCACUUCCGGUACAAGGGCCGUCCCUGCUGCUCUGUCUGAAACAGCACAGCCUGUCCUGUGUCUUUGUUCACCAGGAGUCUCCACCACUAAUUGUAAAUACAGUGAGGCCAGAGACUUCCUCUGUUUCGUUCAUUGCUCUGUAUGCAGUGCCUAGAGCAGAGCCUGGCGUUCAGUACAUGUUUGUUGUAAAAAUGAAUGAAUGAGUGAGUAUCCUUUGUAUCCUUAAAGGGGACCCGCCUGUCACUGAACCACUCUUCACUGUGGUGUGUGGACAAUCAUGCAGUUAUGGAAUUGUAAUUGACACAUCAUCUUUUUAUGGUCACCCUCCCCCGCCCCCUUGCUCACUACGGGGAGGCAGAGGGAGGUGCCACAGAGGAGUAACCAGUCGGAACUGGAGCAGCGAGCCUGGCAUCUCCGUUUAGGAGGACACAGGUUUGAGAUGAAAUCUACUUACCUCCCUCCGAUUGCUUCCCGCCAGGCUCAGACCCAGUCAUGGCCCCCUGAGCAGCCCUGCGCUCCCCCUCUCCUGGAGGGGCACCCCAUGAAGACUGCCUCCCCUGGGUCUGAUAGAAGCUCCCCUCCAUGUUCAAGGGGAGUCAGGGUGUUCAGUUUACAUCAUUGUGGACUUCAGUGCUGGAUAUUGGGGAGCACCCCAGCAAUGCUCCUGGAGCCUAGGUUUGGAAGAAGGUCCCAAUGUGACGAGCUCAUGUGAGGGUCACAAAAUGCCAGAGCCCAUUAGGAGCAGGCGAGGACUCGGAUGAACCCUCCAAGGACCAACCCCCUCCCGCAGCCAGCUCCCAGAGAGAGACGGGCGCCUGUUCUUGGAGAGGAUGAGCCCAGGAGCUGUGGGGAGAUACCUGAUUCCAGACAGAAGCAGUACUCCAGGGGGCCCGGGGCGGCGGAGGCGUUGCAGAAGAUGGCGAAGCUCGUCAGAACGGUGCCCUCCUGUGGGGCAAUGGUGCAGGAGGUGGGAUCCUGACCAGAGACGGAGGGAGGCCCUCCCACCUGUGACUCUGAUUCGGGCGGCCUGGCCCCAGGUCUUCGGGAAGGAGCCGUUCAACAGCAGAGUGGAGGUGUUUCUCUCAAGGAGGAGUAAAGAACGCGGCCAGAAUCCUCGGAGUCUGCAGGCCUCCGGGAGUGGCUCAGCCUGAAAGAGAGCACAGCCCGGGUCCCUGAGGCUGCGGCCAGACCACAGGCCUCUGCAGGGCAGUGGCUUCGGACCCUGGGAGGCCUUUCGGAUGUGUCUCCAAGGGAUGGACAGCAGUCUCGCCUGCUUCCCCGAGGGCAGCCCGUCUCCAGCUGUACGAGGGUGUGCAUCCUCCGUCAGACUCCCGGGGAGCAGAGCCUGAGGUUGCAGGGCUGGUGCUGCAGAAGGAGGCUUCUGGGGAAACAACCUCCGCUUCACCCAGCGACUUGCCCUGAGGAGCAGGCCACCAUAUAGCAGGAAAAGCACCAGGGGGAUGUCCAGCCCCACCUGGGAGAGCAUCCAAGGCAGCUUCUUUUCCCUGGUGUCAGGGAUUUUCCCCAGCUCUUUGUCUUUGUGGGCCACACUGGGGACCUGAGAGGCUGUAUUUCCAUCUAAGAGGCUGCAUGUCGUCUUCUGCUUUAUACCAACUCGAUAAUGCCUCACCUGGUUGCCUGCCUCCCCCUGCAGUUUCUGUGGAAUUCACACUCUGGCACAUACAAGGUACACAAGCAUGAGCAACAGCUGUCAAGCAUGAGCAAAGCUGGUGUGAAGGUUAAGAAAAAGAACAGCACAAGGUGACUCCCCUGCAUCACUUUGAGAUGAGACAGGAUGGUUCCAGAGCUCUGAGGCCACCUACCACAUGACCACUGGAAGCAAGAAGCAGGUAGCUGGUGAGACGCCCUCUGCAGUUGGCACCCCACCUUCUGCUGUCUGUGCCAGGGGUGGCCCAGUGUAAUGCAUGCAGUGGAGAUAGGCCUGUCUGAUCCCCCUGCUCCACAGGGGAUGGAUCACGGGAUGGUUCUUGGAGACUGGAAGGAGCUGUGGACACAGUGGGGAUGGGUGUCAGACACGGUUCCUGUCUCUAAGGUCGCUAGAGGACAGAGGCAGAGGGAAUGCUGAGCAUGUCCUAGGAGUAUCUGCCUGUCUUUGGAAAUGGUUUAGGGACACAGAUUGAACGUUCAUGUCAGAGGAAAUGGGUCAGAAGCAAAACCAUCACGUUCACCACUGGACUAAAGACACCUCUUCACAGGCUGGACACCAUGAACCAUGUUUGUGUCUGGGACACACCAAAAACCUGGCUGGCAGGACCCUGGACACCAAGUGGGGAAAGGAAGAGGAGGGAAGUUUGGAAGAGGAGCCACCACCCCAAGUACCUGCACAAGGAACUGCCACGCGAUGGAGUGCUGAGGCUGCUAGUGCUGAUAAGGAAGCAUCAGAAGUGUGUCUCCCAAUGGUACUAACAAUGGCAGAAGAAGGUGAAUGUCUUCACCCUGUUACUGAUAUCUUGGAUGGUGACUCAAGGAAGAUUCUACCAAAAGGACCCAGCUCUCCCAUAACGAUUCAAGUGACUUUCUUUACUGAGAAAACCUGUGAGCACCAGUUCCUCCCAUUCCGGGAUGUGCCUGUCCUGGAAGUUUCACGUAAAUGGAAUCAUACGCUCUGUGACCUUUUGUGGUUGGCUUCUUCGACGAUCAUACAGUGUCUUCGUGUUUCAUCCAUCUCACAGCAAGAUUCCCUCGUGGCUGCAGGGAAUCUUACUCCGCAAUGGGCCCGGGAUGCACACGGUGGGCGAGACCAAGUACAACCACUGGUUCGAUGGCCUGGCCUUGCUCCACAGCUUCACAAUCAGAGAUGGUGAAGUCUAUUAUAGGAGCAAAUACCUGAGAAGCGAUACCUACAAUGCCAAUAUCGAAGCGAACAGGAUCGUGGUGUCAGAAUUUGGAACAAUGGCCUAUCCGGACCCCUGCAAAAACAUAUUUUCCAAGGCGUUCUCCUACCUGUCGCACACCAUCCCUGAUUUCACAGACAACUGCUUGAUCAACAUCAUGAAGUGUGGAGAAGACUUCUAUGCGACCACGGAGACCAAUUACAUCAGGAGAAUCAACCCGCUGACCCUGGAGACCCUGGAGAAGGUUGAUUAUCGUAAAUACGUGGCUGUAAAUCUGGCAACAUCGCAUCCUCAUUAUGAUGCCGCUGGAAAUGUUCUCAACAUAGGCACAUCCAUCGUGGACAAAGGGAAGACGAAAUACGUGAUCUUUAAGAUCCCGGCCACGGCACCAGAGGACGGGAAGAAGGGGCGAGGGCCCCUGAAGCACACGGAGGUGUUCUGCUCCAUCGCCUCCCGCUCCCUCCUCUCCCCGAGCUACUACCACAGCUUCGGAGUCACCGAGAACUACGUCGUUUUCCUCGAGCAGCCCUUCCGGAUGGAUAUCCUCAAGAUGGCCACCGCCUACAUCCGGGGCGCGAGCUGGGCCUCCUGCCUGGCUUUCCACAGGGAGGACAAGACUUACAUUCACGUUGUUGACCAAAGGACGAGGAAGCCCGUGCUGAGCAAGUUCUACACGGACCCCAUGGUGGUGUUUCAUCACGUCAACGCCUACGAAGAGGACGGCUGCCUCGUGUUUGACGUCAUCGCCUACGAGGACAGCAGCCUUUACCAGCUCUUCUACUUGGCCCACUUGAAUGAGGACUUCGAGGAGAACUCCAGGCUCACCUCUGUGCCCACCCUCAAGAGGUUCGCGGUGCCCCUCCACGUGGACAAGGAUGCAGACGUGGGUUCCAAUUUAAUCAAACUGGCGUCUACUACAGCCAGAGCCCUGAAGGAAAAAGAUGACCAAAUCUACUGCCAGCCGGAGCUGCUCUGCAAAGGCUUAGAGCUGCCUCGGAUCAAUUAUGCUUACAACGGGAAGCCAUACCGCUACGUCUUUGCUGCCGAAGUCCAGUGGAGCCCCAUCCCAACCAAGGUCAUAAAAUAUGACCUUCUCGCCAAGUCGUCCUUGAGUUGGGGUGAGGCGCACUGCUGGCCCGCGGAGCCCCUGUUCGUGCCUACGCCGGGUGCCCAGGACGAGGAUGACGGAAUUAUCUUAUCAGCCAUCGUCUCUACCGAUCCCCAGAAGCUGCCGUUUCUGCUUGUUCUGGAUGCCAAAACUUUUACGGAAUUGGCUCGUGCUUCCGUUGGCGUAGACAUGCACCUGGAUCUCCACGGGCUCUUCAUCCCGGGUGCAGCCUGGGAUGUGGAGAAGCAGACCCCUUCCCAGGAGGAGCAGGGCAGGGCGGUGGACCACGGGGUAGCCCCGCGGACCUGACGGUUGGGGCUCAGGCCCAGGAGAACAGUUCCAUGGGACCCAAGAACUGGUCCCUCCCUGGCGGGAGGGGGUCCCUCCUUUCAUGUGGGGCUUCUUCUUGCUGUGGUUGCUUUGAGACAAGGUUAUGGUAAUAGAGCUUGUCAGUAUCUUUUCUUCAUUUUA